CAAUCUGGUGCAAAUUGGGUAAUUUUGGCAACUUUUUUGACUCGAAUUUGGUGAGUUUUAUUUUUGUGAGAUUACAGUUUUUUUGCUAAUGAGCCCGGGUGGCCUUUAACCCAAUUUUAAGACAACUUUUUCACAUUUCUCUGAGCGUUUCCCCCCGACAAAGUCGUCGAAAUUGCCAAAUUGGGGUAGGUAACAUAGAUAAAUUGCUGUUGUGUUAGCUUAAAAGGAUAAUUGUUAUCAUCCCGUGGCUUGAUAGCAGUCUCCGCACUCGCACGACACCAACUGCAGAAAAAAAAUGAACGAAACCGCCCUCCCCACCACCAUCGAAGACGACGAUUCCAGUGAAAACUUCUACGAAAAACAAGUGCUGAAACUCACCACAGUGGCGAGCUUCUCCUCAAUCCUCGCCAACAUCCUAAUCUCAAUCACAAUAAUCAAAUUCAAGAAUCUGCGUCGCGACGUCACUUAUUCCAUCAUCCUCCACCUGGUUCUGGUCCAGAUCGUGAGUCUCGUCCUCGACGAGGUCCUUCUGUGGUUCUUCACCUACUUUGGCACCCCUCUGCCCCAAUACCACACCGAAUUCUGCAUCAUCUUCGUCGCUGUGCGAAUGUUAAAUGCCAUUUCGUUCCUAAUUCUAAUUCUUUUAGUCUCCAACUGGUAUUUUAAGUUAUUUUCUAAUCAAAACAAAUAUUUAAAGUUUGCGAAAUACCACGGAUUGUUGCUGGCUUUAAUAUAUCUCGUAGCUGUUGUUUUGUUGCCCUUUUUGGCGAAACUAUGCCUGAAAAAGGACGUUUUUGCGACUUUCUACGUCGUUCUUUCGUUCCAAGUCCUCAUGAUCAUCGCCUCAAUCACAAUGAACAUCGUCAACAAAUGGAAAAAUCGACAAUCUUUCGAUAAUGACAGUGGUUUAGGUGUUGCCAAUGUCACGAUGAUUUUUUGCACUCCGGCUUACCUUUUUCUAAUUUUAGCUUAUUUAAACGUAAUUCCGGUGUACAUCGUCCUGUUUGCUGAUGUCCUAGCCACCGGAGUUUUCCCAUUUGUGCUGUUUUAUUUGUACAAAUAUGACCGGAAUUUUCAAAUGUACUUUAAAAAAUUGUUUGUUUGCCGACGCGGAUACUCACAGACUGAAUCUGUUUCGUACAAUCUCAUCAAUAAUGUAGACCCCUAACCAAAAAAAAUGUAUUUUAGUCGUAGCAUUUUGAUUAUUUCAUUUAAAAGUCUUUCAAACUUUUUACAGGAUAAAUAUCUGCUUCAAAUUGCUCCGCCAACUGUCUGUCAUUUGUUACCUAGCAACGAGCUUGAUUGGUUGUUGCUUAGUUACUAUCUAAACGUCAAUCAUCGUUACUUAGCAACAAGUUUAUUUGCGUUGUGUGCAAUUCGUAGCAGAUACUAUGUACUUAGAUGAAUUUAUG